AUGGCUGACAUGUUACGAGAGCUAGCAGAUAACCUCCCAUUGGAUCCACAAGAACUCAAGGCAAUCCAUGAUGCUGCACAAAAGCUUGUUCAGAAGACGGAAACCUAUCGAGAUAUCGUUGCUCGUGUCCGGGAUGGCUCAAUGUCGAGCAUGUUCGCCCACGUUGCAAUGGAUUUGAGCAUCUUCAGGAAACUCGCAGCACAGCCAGAGCAUGUCUACUCCAUUGGAGAGCUGGCCGAUGUCACCAAGGCAGACGGAACCCUCCUCCUGCGGCUGCUCCGGUACCUCGCAUCCGAAAGUUUGAUCCAGCAGGUCGACGAGGACAGCUUCAAGGCCUCGCGGAAGACAUUCAUCUACGCCGAGUACGGUACCGAUUCCCUUAUACGAUGUCAGACAUUGGUAUUCGCACCCUUCUUCAACGGCAUUCCUGCCUUCUUCGCGGCAAACGGAUACCAGAAUAUCACGGAUGGCAAGGAGACGGUCUGGCAACAUAGUUUCGGAACUGAUCUGGGCAUGUUCGAUUGGAUAAGGGAACGUCCAGAAGAGCUGCGUGUGUUGCACGAGGUCAUGCAGGCUAGCCGCGCUGAUCAGCCGAGUUGGGUUGAGAAAGUGCCCUUGGAUGCGAUCUUGGGUAACAGCAAUUCGGACCGGACGCUGUUCGUUGACAUUGGAGCUGGUACUGGACACCAGUCGAUGGCUCUCCGCAAAAGAUACCCACAUCUGAAAGGUCGAGUGAUUAUUGAAGAUCUUCCACAAGUCAUCGACCUUCUCGACCAACGGCAGCUACGAUGCCUGAACAUCGAAACUCUCGAGCACGACUUCUUCACUGCCCAACCCUCCCUCGUACACGGAGCAAAAGCAUACUACCUAUGCCAGAUCCUACACGAUUGGGCUGAUACGGACUGCCUCACCAUUCUCAAGCAAAUCCGAUCCGUGAUGGCGGAGGAUUCUCUGCUUCUGCUCGACGAUCUUGUCGUUCCGAAUAUCGGGGCGACAGCGAAGAUUUGUGCUAUGGAUCUGUUAAUGAUGACGAGUCUGGCAGGACAGGAGCGAAGCGAGACUCAGUGGGAGGAAUUGUUGGCUGAGGCUGGAUUCGGGAUUCAAGAUAUCUGGAGGGUUUGGGAAGAAACGGGGAAUUGUUUGGUUGUUUGCGUGCCGGUUUGA